AUGCUCUCACGUGUUGCUGCAGUGCAGGCACCCCGCACACACAACCGUCGCCGCGUGACCGGAUCCAGCGGAAGGAGGAGGGAAGGAAGAGAGAGUGAGACACAGAGGCCCAACAUGUCCCGACAUGUGUUUGCUUCCGCGGUGCUGCUUCUCCUUGUGAUGUGCUGCGGCACUGGUGGAGCUGCAGCCGUUGUGGAGGGUAAUUCCGGGGAUGCGCAGCUGCUUCAAUGGGUCGAUAUUUUUGUGCCGGAAAAGACGCAGGUGCUGUCGAAAGAGGGGUUUAAAAGUGAAGUGAAGAAAGCAUUUGCUGCGACUUCUCUUGUCAGUGCUGGUGGAGUAAUGGCUGUCUUUGCUGAAGGCUUGUUCGUUUAUAAAGUCCAUGGAGAGGACUUGUUUGGGAUUAAGCCUUACGAAAUUGUGGCCGGGUACAUCAAGGCUGCGGAGUCGUGGCCGUCCAUUGUCGCCGAGGUCAAUGCUAGUACAUGGAGGGCACACACCGUGCUUGGCAGUAGGAAUGACGAUAAUCGUUUGUGUUAUUUGUACGGGCCCACAGCAGUUGCAAAGGACAAUAAGGUGUUUCUACUUGUGGGAAGCGACACUACAAGAUAUGACAAUGUUAAUAAUGAUGGUGGGAUGUGGGUGAAAGAUGGCUGGGACAUUCAACUAGUUGAGGGUGUGGCCACGCAGUCCACGGACGGCGUGCAGAGUAAACUGAUCAGCUGGGGUGAACCCAAGUCGCUUUUAAAACAUAUACCCAAUCAAACUCAAUAUCAGCUGAUGCAACUUUAUGCUGCUGGUGGUUCAGGCAUUGUGAUGCAGAAUGGCACGCUUGUGUUUCCCCUGGUGGUGAAUGGGGAAAAUUACCCUUUUUCCUCGAUCACUUAUUCGACGGACAACGGCAACAACUGGGUGUUCCCAGAGAGCAUUUCUCCUUGGGAAUGCCUUGAUCCCCGCAUCACCGAAUGGGAGACGGGACAAAUUCUCAUGAUCGUUGAAUGUUUUAAUGGCCAGAGUGUGCUCGAGUCGCGUGACAUGGGGAAAACGUGGACGGAGGCCAUCGGGACACUCUCAGGCGUGUGGGUCAGGCCACAACCAGGAGUUCGUCUAUACAAAAUUUUUCGUGUGGGAGCCCUCAUCACCGCGACCAUUGAGGGUGUGAAGGUCAUGUUGUACACUCAGCGAGGGUACGCCUCGGGGGAGAAAGAGGCCAAUGCGCUCUACCUUUGGGUGACGGACAACAACCGCACGUUUUCUGUUGGACCGGUUGCCAUGGAUAAUAACUUGGAACGUUUCCACGCCCUGCUGUACUCGGAUGGUGCCUUGCACCUUUUAAAGGAGGGUCUCAAUGAAAAAGGCAGUGCCAUUUCACUUGCCCGCCUGACGGAGGAGCUGAAGACGAUCAAGUCCAUUCUCAGUACCUGGGCGCAGCUGGAUUCCUCGUUCUCUGAGUCGUCCACACCCACGACGGGUCUGGUGGCGGUAUUGUCCGAUGAGGCCAACGAUGGCACGUGGACCGACGAUUACCGCUGCGUGAAUGCAAGCGUGACGAAGGCAGCGAAGGUAAAAAAUGGGUUCAACUUCACGGGGCCUGGGUCCAUGGCAAUAUGGCCCGUGAACAGCCGGGAGGAUAAUAAUCAGUACGGCUUUGUGAACUACGAUUUUACUGUUGUGGCGACGGUGACCAUCCACCAGGCUCCGAGUGAGAGCACUUCUUUGCUGGCUGCGGGUCUGGGGGACGGCGCCGGCAAGAAGAUCAUUGGGUUGUCGUACAGCGUGAGUAAAACGUGGGAUACGGUGUUUUAUGGGACAACAAAAGCACAGAAAAACACUUGGGAGCCUGGGAGAGAAUACCAGGUGGCGCUCAUGCUGCAGGACGGCAACAAGGGCUCCGUGUACGUUGAUGGUGUGAUUGUGGGGAGCCCAGAGACGAUAACAACACUUGAGACGCGUGGGGCUGAAGUCACUCAUUUCUACUUUGGGGGCGACGAGGGAGACAGCGACAGCAAUGUGACGGUGACGAACGUCUUUUUGUACAAUCGUCCACUGAAUCCCACUGAAAUGCGUGCGAUCAAGGGAAGGGCACCCGUUUCGACAAGAGGUCCGGAAACCCAAGUGGAGGGAAUGGCCACCACAGAGCAUGUGGCCGCGGUGCCUGGCCCAGUGGAAUUACCAGCAGCACCGGGGAGGACUACUAUGGAAAGAGCUACAACCACAGAACAUGCGGCUGCGGUAAGCUUUACCUCUGCUGGGAGCGGAAUGCAGCCGCUACUUUUUCUGCUCGGGCUGUGGGGCUUUGCGGCUGCGUGA